GAAUUACAUAGUUAUGACUGAGUCUGGAGAUGGUAAAUCGUCUGGUAUACCGAUAGCAGAAUUAGACGUUGAACAAAUCAGUGCGUUGCAAAGACAAGUGGAGCAGGAAUUGGGUUUCUUUCAAGAAUCUGCCAACCAAUUGAAGCUCCUUAUCAAAAAGAAUGAGCAAAGUAUAGCAGCAAUGGAAGUGCUAAAAACGGCCACACCCGGUCAUACUGCCCUGAUACCGUUAUCUGAAUCAAUGUAUAUACGAGCAGAACUGAAUGAUCCUAGUAGAAUGAUGGUGGAAAUGGGUACUGGUUAUUAUGCUGAAAUUAGCCGCGAGAAAGCUGCCGAAUUUUUUGAACGGAAAAAGAAAUAUAUCAUGCAACAGGUGGAAACCAUAGAAAAAAUUAUCAUGGAUAAAAAACGCACUCGAAACAUUAUAUCGGAUACGUUGCAAAUGAAGAUACAAGCGCAACUUGCUCAGAUGCCGUUGCCAAAGUAAGCAGGAAUGUGCUUUAAGUCAAGAUAUCUCAGAUUUCAUCACUACUUCUCUUCAUUCGUAUCAUUUUUACCUUUUUUCCUUGACAGUCAGGAUUUCAUUGCUUGUUCGCCCAGUGUACUGAUUUGCUAUCGUGCAUUCAUUCUAUUUCUCCAUCCACUGAGAUUUUAUGUUAUUUGCCUUGCUUAUUUGUUACAUCAUCAUUUGUUGAAAAUAUAAAAUGUUCAAAA